AUGACAAGAUCAUUCCCUUUGAUUGCUCUCAUUGUCUUCGCUCUUUGCUUCACAUCUGUCUUGGCUGUCCGUAAGACGCCUAGGACAACCGAUUUGGCUGAAAAUUUCAUUGUUAUUGGCAAGAUUUAUUGUGAUCCUUGCCACUUUGAAUUUAAAUCAAGGCUUAGCAAACCCCUUUCAAAUGUUAAGGUGAUAUUAUCGUGCAGAAAGGAAGAGGGUAACAAUGUGACAGUCGUGAAGGAGGCCAUGACCAAUGAAGAGGGUAACUACAUAAUCAAAGUUGAUGGCGAACACGAGGAAGAAAUUUGCGAGGUUUAUCCUGACUCAAACGAUGGUGAAUGUUCUUUGCCUAUGGCAAACAAAUCCGACAGGGUUGGUCUCACAAAAGACAUGGGCGUCUCUUCUUUGGUUCGUUACGUAAAUCCCCUUGGUUUCAUGACUAAAUCAAUUGAUAGUCAAUGUGGAAGCGUUGUCUCUGAAUUGGGUUUGAACCAGCUUGAUGAUUAG